AUGGGUAUUCCUUCGCUGCAUGCGCGCCACCUCAUCGUCGCGACUCACUUAGAACGCAGGAUGUGGCGCGAACCCACCGAGGCCGAGAAUAUUAAAUCUGCCCGGGAGAAGGACGCCUCCGCCGCUGCGCGAUCCGCGAUCCGGCGUCAACCCACCCAGCGUCGCCCGUCACGCCACAGCUCCGCCCGCGCGCGCAGCAAUGUCCUGUCAUCUCUCCAUUCUCAUAUCAUCGAUGAGAUCUCACGCGGCAUUGCUGAGCCUCAGCUCAGUGUGCGCUCUCCUGUAUUGAACCUGGGUGUCAGCGAAGACGGAUUGGACCUUGACUCGAGUCGGCGCGAAGCUUUGAAUCGCAGUAGCAUGCGCCUGGGGGGGCAACCGCCGACCAGAUCCGUUGAGCCGCAUCCUAAGUCCUACCGAUUCCAAUCACCAACUUCCCAUUCACAUCCUGGCGGGUGGGCGACCGUGUCUCCGCUCCCCCUCAUCCCCCGGUCUUCCCGCCUGAGACGUCGCAAUCAUGACCCUCCACCUUAUAUACCUUCCGUUUUGCUCCGAGACUAUCGCACUGGCAGCGGUCGUGAUCGGCCUCACCGUGAAAGUGCCAUUGAUGGCCUAGGUGACCGCCAGCGCAGCCUCAGCCCUAGUGUAGAGCGCGACAGCGACGACGCGUGGGAAACCUUACUCUCGACUAUCACUCCAGAUACAACUCUGCCCUCCGCCGACACUUCCUUCUCAUCUACGUCCGCCGCCACGACGAACCCUCGACGCAACCCAUCUUCCCGCUCUCUAGGUACCACUUCGCAGACACAGCCAUUCUCUCGCGCUAUCCGUCUUGCCCUCGAUUCCUAUCCUGAUCACCUAAACCCUUGUGACUACUCUUCGGAUGAUGAGGAUACCCCCGUCAACUACCACCGGAUGAUAGGACCGGGACCCCGGCUCUCACUUCGCCGCUCGCCGGGUACUUCCUCGACAAUGAGUAAUCAUCCUCCCAUUCCCACGAUCUCCUUCUCUUUCUCAGACUCGGGCGACUCGGAUCUCCAGCAGAUGCAGGCCAUUCUGGACCGACUUGCCCGCCGUGAGGAUAUUCCUGAUGACUGGUGGGCUGGCGCUGGCCUGUCGCGCACCAUGGGCCGUGGCUUAAGUGCCAGUGCCGAGGAUAAUGAUACAAAUCGCGCCGAGUGA